UUUACUAUCCAAUAAAAAUAUGACAUUAGUGUAGAACCCAGAUUUUUCAGAAACCUGUCCAUGCAAAAACUGUUAUACAUACUGUAUUAUACACAAGCCCUGUAUAAUAAUCAGAAUCUCAUUGGUUACAGGCAUAUUACCAAAAAACAACCAUGUCCAUCGUUAAUUUUUUAUUAAAUAAUGUUUUUAUUUAUUUUUUUAUUCUUUGGAUUGUGGAAUAAAAAAAUAAAAAUAAAAAAUAAUAAUUAAAUGCUUUAACAAACUAUUUCAUCCUAGCAGUUUAAAACCGGAAGUACAUAGCAGCGACUCUUACUUUGGAAGCUGAGCGUCUGAACAGGAAGUUGUAUGUUUUGCACAGCAUCUCUCCAAUUGACAGGUAUUAAAUCCGCUAGUUUUUUCUGGACAUUUCAUCCAUGAUCAAGGUGAAUGAAGUUGUAGAGGACAGUGUGACUGGAUCGCUCUCAUGGAGAUUCAGGACACCAAAGAUGAUAAAGGAGAAUAUGACAGCUCCGGCCCUGAGGGGGAGAUGACAAAGGAGGAUGUUUCGGAGCCGCCUCAAGGGGAGGCCGUCCUGGGCUGCUUCACCAGACUUUCUUCCCACCAGCGGACAGUGAUCCACCAGGUGGCCUCCGCCCCGAUGCCCAGUGACUGCGAGUUCUCCUUCUUCAAUCCCAGCGAACCACAAUGCAGAGAGAUUCUCCAGGAUUCAAACACCACCAUUCCAGAGCUGUUUGCUGUCCUCAGGCAGUGGGUCCCCCAGGUUCAGAAGAACAUUGAUCUCAUUGGCAGUGAGAUCCUGAAGAGAGGCUGUGGUGUGAAUGAUCGAGAUGGCCUGACAGAUAUGAGUCUUCUGCACUACUGUUGUAAGGCCGGGGCUCCAGGCAUUGGCGAUGCAGAGAUAGCGGCCGGCUUUGCCCGCCAGCUCCUUGCCUUGGGUGCUGAUCCCAACCUUCGCUCACGUUGGACUAACAUGAGGGCCCUGCAUUAUGCAGCAUAUUUUGAUGUGCCCGAGCUGAUCCGAGUGAUGCUGCAGGCAUCCCAACCUGGAGACAUCGACGCCACCUGCAGUGACUUUGAUUUUGGCACAGCUUUACACAUUGCUGCUUCCAACCUGUGUAUAUCUGCUGUCAAGUGUCUGCUGGAGCUGGGAGCCAAUCCUGCGUUUAAAAAUGAGAAGGGUCAGUGUCCCGUGGAUGUGGUGCCCGACCCCCUCGACAUGCCUGUGGAGAUGGCCGACGCUGCCGCCGUGGCCAAGGAGCUGCGGGUUCUGCUGAGACGGGCUUUGCCCAGACCCAGCUCCCCUCUGCCCUUCAUCCUACAACCCCAGUCCAUCCCUGCUCUCUCCGAUAAGGCCAAGAUACAGCUGGCCUCCAUGGGAAUUCGACUGGGUGAUCGUGUAGCGAUAGCUGGACAGAAGGUUGGAACGCUGCGUUUCUGCGGCAGCACCGAGUUUUCCGGAGGCCUGUGGGCCGGGGUGGAGCUGGACAAAGCAGAGGGAAAGAACAACGGCGCUGUUGCAGGAGUUCAGUAUUUCACCUGCCGCAUGAAACACGGAAUUUUUGCCCCGCUGUCCAAGAUAAGCAAACCUUUGGAAAAGCGUAAAACCGUGAAGACUUCUACAACCAUUCGGCCCUCAUGUCGCAUUGAUUCGUCUCGCACUUCCUCUAAGAUUAAUGCAGGUAUCCUCUCCCGCUCAUCUUCGUCCUCCUCUCUGGAUUCUCGCCGUGGACCAGAAGCCCGACCUCGUCCGUUGCCAAGACGACGCAUUUCUACCAGGCAGCGAAAGGACGGCGUUUCUCAGAAUCCCAGGACAACAUCAGCAAUGGCUCUUCGCUCUUCUUCCCGCACAACAAGCUCCACAACUGCAGGUUUUAGAAGUCGAACUCCCUCUGGGAGCAGCUCCCUCUGUGACGGCUCUGAGUUGCGACUGGGGGAGAGGGUGCUGGUGGUGGGACAGAGGACGGGAGUUAUUCAGUUCUGUGGAAAAACCAGCUUUGCUCCAGGCAUCUGGUUGGGCAUCGAGCUGGACAAGCCGAAUGGAAAAAAUGACGGCUCAGUGGGAGGAGUCCGGUACUUCAGCUGCCCGCCGAAACACGGCGUGUUUGCUCCUCCCUCUCACGUUCAAAGGAUUCACGGAUCAGUCGACUGCCUUUCGGAGCUCUCCUCCUCGCGCUUCAGCCAUCCCUUCAGAGGGACGAUCCGCCGCAGUUUCAGCACAUCAACCGCCAUCGCCGCUCUAAAGGAGUCGAACCGAAAAAGUCCAGUGAACAGGAACAACUCCAAUCCUCUUCGUCGGCGCUCAAACCCCCUCAGCGGGGGCAGCGGUGGACUCUCCAGAGGGUCCAGCCCCUUGCUGUCUUCUGACGGACAGGUGCGCCUCAGAGUGGGCAUGCAGGUCUUCCUGAACAGUGCCAACGACAUGGCAUCCAUCCGGUAUUUCGGCACUGCUGACUUCGCUCCGGGGCUCUGGUUGGGUCUGGAGCUCAGAAGCCCCAAAGGCAAAAACGACGGCUCCGUGGGCGGCCGGCGUUACUUCACCUGUCGACCCGGCUACGGCGUCCUGGUCCGCCCCAGCCGCGUCACGUAUCGGGGGAUCAACGGCUCGCGCCUGGUGAACGAUGGCAGCUGAGGCCGAUUUCAACUUAAUGAUUAAGUUUCUCUUUUUCCUCAUUAUUUUGGUCCAAAGUUUUAGUCACAGAAUUUUUGCUUAUUAGACCUAAAAGAUGUUGAAGCACUUUAAAGUCAAAGCUGAAUCUGUCUGGCAGGAUUGGCUCAGUCUUAAUUUAAAACUACGAUGCACUACUUUCAAUCUGAUUGCACUAAAAUCUCUACCAGGACAGAUUUUGAUACAUUUAAUGUUAGAAUAUUCCUGUAGUUAAAUUGUAGCUACAUUAAAUGAAAACUAUUAAAAUGAUUCCCACGGGUA